UUGCAAUGCAUACUUGGAUUCGAUGUAGUUUGUAGACUACAUUGCCCAAGUAUGGCAGCAAACAGCAAGUAAUCAUCAUCAUCAUUGAUUCAUUGCUUCUCUUCCUCCCUCCACCAAUCCUCGAACCAUGGUGGCGAGCACAGCGGCAGCACGAUGACUCGCACCUUAGCCUUCUCGCCGCCAGGUCAACGAAGGAUCAGUGCUCCAUUGCCACACAGAUUCCGACUUGAAAGCAAGUAACACAGACAAACCUUGGCCAUGAAAAUUGCUGCUAAUCCUAACCAGGCAGACGAGAUAUCAACCUUCAAUGUCUGGGAAAAUGGAAGCAACCUUGCCAACACACAUACAGCUUAGACAACGAAAAGUGGAAAGGGCGGGGAAAAAGAAAACCCAUCAAACGGAGCAGCUCCGGCAACGAAUCAGGCCGUUCUCGUUGCAAUCCAGGCACCGCCGCAGCCUCUCUUCAUCUUCAUCGAACACCUUCCUGCUGCCAUUGCAGUGAAAAAUCUGUCAAAAGUUCAAAGUUCAGUGAUUAAUUAGUCAGUCACACAAAGUUAGUUGUCAUUUACAUAAUAGCGAUAAGCCCAGACGGACAACAAGGCCCCGCGGCCCGGAGAGGCGCACUGCCUGCUGCAGCUAUCUCAGUCUCAGUAGCAUAGACGGCGGCAGAAGCUUAGAGAGACGACGACGGCGAAUGUCAACUGGCGAGAACAUGUCGGAGGUAGGAGGAGCAGCAGCGGCGGAGGACGAGGAGCGCCGCCGUCAAAGGACGCUGGAAGAGGCUCUCGAGGUCCAGUCUCUCCGCCGCAUCAUCAGCGCUUACCUCAACUAUCCUGAAGCAGCAGAAGAAGAUGUCAGAAGAUAUGAAAGAUCUUUUAGAAAGCUCUCACCUGCACACAAGGCUUUACUACCUCACUACCCCAUGAAGUUUCAGCAACUAAGAAGGUGUAUCGCUACAAAUUCUUAUUUCAUAUUCAACAUGCUUCAGGCUUUUGAGCCCCCUCUAGAUAUGAGCCAAGACCUGGAUUGCUGUGAUGACUUGCAUCAUGAGCAUGCAUCAGGACAUCAUUGUUUAUCAGAACAGAGGAAUUCUUGCUGUUCACCUGCUCCAUCUAGUGGAGCUAAUUGUUGUUCCAGACCUGAAGAGGCAUGUCAGGGAGAAGGAAGCCAUAUGCGUAUGAUGUCAACUGGAGAGCCUAUCAGUGAGGAAACCACAACUGGAGGUUCCCAUGACCGUCCUGUGGAUACUAGUCGGAAUGAGGAAAAUGACAGAGCAACUCUACAACAUGAUGCCCCGGAAUGCAAUGGCGAUGUCAGCGCUCCCAAUGAUUGGUUGGAUCCAUCAAUUCAGUUGCAUGUUCCCCUAGUCGAUGUUGAUAAGGUCCGUUGUAUAGUAAGGAAUAUAGUUAGGGAUUGGGCAGCAGAGGGACAAAAAGAGCGUGAUGAAUGUUACAAACCUAUUCUUGAAGAACUAGAUUCUCAAUUUCCCAAUCGCAGCAAGGAGAGGGCUCCUGCUUGUUUAGUUCCUGGUGCGGGACUUGGGCGACUAGCAUUGGAGAUUUCACGCUUGGGUUUUAUGAGUCAAGGAAAUGAAUUUUCAUACUACAUGAUGAUAUGCUCGAGUUUCAUUCUUAAUCAUGCUGAAACUGUUGGGGACUGGACAAUAUAUCCUUGGAUCCAUAGUAAUUGUAAUUCCCUUUCAGAUAGCGAUCAACUUCGUCCUGUGCCAAUACCAGAUAUUCAUCCUGCUAGUGCAGGGAUUACUGAAGGAUUUUCUAUGUGUGGUGGUGACUUUGUUGAAGUCUAUAGUGAUGCAAGUCAAGAAGGAUAUUGGGAUGCAGUGGUGACAUGUUUCUUCAUUGAUACCGCACACAAUAUUGUAGAGUACAUCGAAACCAUAUCGAAGAUUUUAAAAGAUGGAGGAGUGUGGAUAAACUUGGGUCCACUGCUGUACCAUUUUGCAGAUAUGUACGGGCAAGAAGAUGAGAUGUCUAUAGAACUGAGCCUGGAGGAUGUGAAGAGAGUUGCUACACAGUACGGGUUUGAGUUUGAGAAGGAGAAGACAAUUGAGACUACAUACACGACGAAUCCUCGAUCCAUGAUGCAAAACCAUUACUCUGCUGCAUUCUGGACUGCAAGAAAGCGUUCGAAAGCAACUACAGACGAGAGGGUGUCAAAUCUUUCACGAGCUGACGAUUUGGUGGAGGUUCUGAAGAACUUGUAAGCUAAUCUGAGUGUCAAUUUGAUUUAGAAAUGAAUUUUUGGAUGGUUGUUUGAUUGAGAUCUAAUACUAUAUAUUAUUGAAGGAUUAAGUAAUAAAAAACGACUCGUAGUGUGCUUAACCAGUUGCUGGCUUGCCGGCUGCCGCUAUCAUUACGUCAUCAAGGAGAUAAUUAGUGACGAGGGACAAUAUUCAUCAUUGGAGCUAAUGCUGAUCACAUUG